AACAGUUUCGAAGCAUUUGUCAAGCAAUUCACACUUACUUUGUUCCAUUUUGGUGCAAUUGAACUCUUUCGUUCGCAUCAAGCUCAGACACACACAAAAAUAAAACAUAUUGUUUCUGUAAAUCGAUUUGGACAAUUCGGUUUUUUUUCCUUUCGGGCGCAAUUCCCAUAGUUUGAACAUAAAAAGUGAUUGAAAUUUCGCUUUCAAUUGAUUUGCAGCAAUCGGAAAAGGAAAGCGAAAUUAUCAGGGAAAAAAAUCGAUUAUCCCGAUAAGUAAGGAAAACUACAUUACGAAGGGGAAAAAACCGACAAUCAUACAAAAUGUCGCAUCGAAACAGCGAGUGCCGAAUUUAUGUGGGCAAUUUACCGCCAGAUAUUCGUACCAAAGAUAUUCAAGAUUUGUUUCACAAAUUUGGAAAAGUGACAUUUGUCGAUUUGAAAAAUCGCCGCGGGCCACCAUUCGCAUUCGUCGAGUUUGAAGAUUCACGAGAUGCUGAGGAUGCCGUUAAAGCAAGAGACGGGUAUGAUUAUGAUGGAUACCGUUUGCGUGUUGAAUUUCCACGCGGUGGUGGACCAGGUAGCAGCUACCGUUCAAGUCGAAAUAAUGACCGAAACCGUAGCAAUCGUGGCGCUGUUACAAAACGUUCACAGUAUCGUGUCCUGGUAUCUGGCCUCCCGCCAUCUGGUUCAUGGCAAGAUUUAAAAGAUCACAUGCGUGAAGCAGGUGAUGUUUGCUUUGCCGAUACUUACAAGGAUGGUACCGGUGUGGUCGAAUUCCUGCGGUACGAUGAUAUGAAGUAUGCCAUUAAAAAAUUGGACGAUUCACGCUUUAGAUCGCACGAAGGUGAGGUUGCGUAUGUAAGAGUUCGUGAGGACAUGGGAGAUGAUCGUAAAUCAUCACGCAGUAGAUCUCGUUCUCGCCGAUCAUCAUUUUCACCACGCCGCCGUCGGGAUUCACCAUCGGAUAUCUAUCGAAGAACCUACUCUAGAUCUCGAUCCCGCAGUGAUUCCAGAUCAAACUACUAAAGCCCAAUCGGUCAUCCACAUCUGGUUCACAAAAACACUACCUUGUCUCUGUCAUUAAGUCGUUGCAAAACACAUUCAUGUUUGAUUUGAAUGUGUUCAGGUACGUCCACGUCCUGAACAGUGGCAAAAUUGAAUUGACUAAAACCUAAUUGUAAAACAACAACCCUUUUCCCCCCCCCCAGAAAUACUAUAUUUGAUUAAUCAUGAAAGAAGGAUUCAACAUAUAUUUUAGCAUUUAAGAUGUAAGAGCAAUUCACACAAUCUUUCAUUUCGCAAGUACAAAAAUAUACACGAAACGAUAAAAAAAAGGGAAAAUAGCUGUAUAUGAUCAACAAAACUAAAAACGCUAGGAAAAUUCAAAGAUUUACAUCAGUCUCAUUGAUUUAUUAAAAUUAAAUUGCCAUUGAAAAAAAGAAACGAAGAAAUACACAUUCCCAUCAAUCUAUUCUAUCUUUUUCAUAAACAAAAAUUUGUAAAAGAUUGGAUGAGAUACAACUUGCCAUUAUAGCGACUAGGCACAAAAUGCCAUCUUCGAUUUUAUACAUCGAUUCCAUAAAAAAUCCAAUAUAACGUUCCUUCUAAAAUGGACCUAAAUUGUCUAAAUAGCAGAACAAUUAUUAUCUGGUAUAUUUCUGGCCCAAUUGAGCCGCUUUUUCAACGUAAUCAAUCAAUUUUAUUUCAAUUGAUAGAGUUAUAAAAACAAAACUAAGGCAUUUUGAAAAUAACAUAUACACAAACAAAUAACAUAGAAAUCAGACUAUAAUUUAUACACAAACUUUAAAUCUAAUAUACUAAUUCAACAAUUUCAAUUUUCUUCUCUCUUUUCUAUUCGAUUUGACGGAUGGAGCAUCAUAAUGUUCAUCUGGAUUUUGAAAGAAAAACAAAAUUCAUUAUUCAAAUUACGAAGAAAAAUGGAAUAGAAUUGAGAAGGAAACUAUUUUGAAUUCGAAAUAUAGAGAGAAAGAGAGAAUGAAUUCGAAAGGAUUAACAAUGGGAAUUUCCGGAUAAAACACGAUUUGACAGAAUCUUUUAUGGAUUGAUAUAUGUGUGAUUUGAUUAGGAGCAGAUUGCGCACUGAAUAUGUUGGAAAUUGACUUAGGCGAAAAUAGGAUAGGAAAUGAUUUGGCCGAAAAACGCAACUGGAACUCAGACAAAAUCACACACAGCAAAAAUGGACAUGAUUCACGUUCCAAAAACAAAAGCAUUCACACAACAACUGGAUGUGCGCUAUUGCUGCAAACUUGAUUGACAUGCACAUUUUCUGUAAACUUCAUGUAUGAAAGAAGAAGAGGGAAACAUCGGACAGAUGUUCAAUAUGUGUUUAUUUGUAUGUUCUUUGCAUAUCAACGAAACCAUCCUUAUCCGAAGGAUUCUGCCUAAAAUUGUAAUUUUUAAAUUGAUUUUUUUUUUUCGUUUAAAAUUUCGAGUGAUAAUUGUGUGUUUAAUGUUUGCACUGAGUUUUGAAAAUUGAAAGCAAUCGGCUGAUCUGUGUAAUAAUCGGUUGUGAAUUUCCCUGUGCGCAUCGCAUUGAUUUGCUAUUUGGUACACCACUGCAAUGAAAAUGCAUUUCGUUUUUGUACUCAUUCCAUCGAAAUCUCAUUCAAUCAUUCAACGGACACAUGCAAAUGAUUAUCAUUUCCGAAUGGAUUACAUGCACGCUUUACAAUCACUUUGCCGAACGGUUUUGGAGGAAUUCAUAAAUUAAAUUCAUCAUUCUUAUCUGCGCUCAUUUGAUUGGAUCACGAACAUUUUUAUACAAUUUCCAAAAUUUUUGAUGAUCGUAUUUUCUGCGUCAUUUUCUGCAUGUGCAAAUGUCAAAGCUAUUUAAAAUGGAUCUACUGAACUGGAUUGACCAGGAAAAACAGAAGAAAACCGCGAUCCGAAAUAAGAAACACAAAAAUGCACACAAUCACACAUUUUCAAUAGACUUCGAGGGAUUCACAGAGCAGUGGAUGACCCAAAUUCGGAAAUUUUCACAUGAAUAGGACAAUCGAAACAGAAAAUAUUAAAUAAACAUUCACACAGACAGACACACACCUCCGCUCUUUAUAUGGACAAAUAAAAUUGGAUAGGACAUUUGAGUUGAAGUAGGAGGGAAUUUGAGACACAGGCGGAAUACCUACACUAAUAGGAUCACAGGAUAUUUCAUUUUAUACGGUAUGCUUAGACAUUUUUGUUUUCUUUUUUUUUUCUCUAAUUCUCCUCAUUUAUCUUCCUUUUCAAUUGUAAGCUUUUGUUGUUUCCACAUGGUAAUCACCACUUUUAAUUAGAUAAACCACUACAUUUUCAUUUUGGUGGAAUGAUUUGCACCCAAUUUCUGAUUUAUUCUCUAAAAAAGACAUCUCUCUCUCCGGCUCAACUAAUCAAAUUCCAUCGAAUUUUACUACAUUUUAGUGUCACAAAUUCCAAAUGUGUAUACAACAAAUUUAAUGGCCAUAUGAAUAAUUGCAUGAAAGUAUUUUAGCCUUUUUAUUAUUUAAAUUUGAAAAAAAAAAUAUGAUUUCAGUUCUUCUUUUAAUACAUUUUUUUCCUUUCGUCAAUACCAAAUAUACCAACGAAAUUUUUGUUUUUGGUGUAGGGAAAGCACCGGGAUUAACAUCUUUUUCUUUCUUUUUAAACAUAAGCAACAAUUCCAAAAGUAUAAAUGCUUAGCAACUUCUAGGUCUCACAAAAAAAAAACAAAUUCAUUGAAAUUCUAAUCCAAAUACAUAAUUUUAGUGAUUUUCAAUACCAUUUAAUAUGCCGUGCUAUUUCAUAAGUUUUACAGCAAUAAAGUAAAAAAAAAAUAAUAACAAAAAACCAA